AUGUCCCAAUCCGACCAAGACAAGAACGCAAAGGGCGGUGCCUUCACCUCCGAGAACAUCCCCGGCCAACAACAAAACCUCCCCGGUCUCGAAAAGAACAUGGCCCCCACCUCCGAGUCCACCCGUCUCGAGGGUCCGACGCAUUUGUUGGAGUACGUCGGUGUCGGAAAGUUGAGGCAUAAGUCUGCUCUCAUCACUGGUGGUGAUUCCGGUAUUGGACGUGCAGUCGCUGCACUCUUUGCGAGGGAGAGCUGUGAUUGUUCUAUUGUGUAUUUGCCUGUGGAGCAGGAGGAUGCUGAGAAGACUAAGGAGUUGGUGGAGAAGGAGGGUCGCAAGUGCUUGCUCAUCCCCUUUGAUUUGUCGAACUUCAAGGCGGUGAAGGAAGUCGUCGACAAACACGUCGCCGAAUUCGGCGGUCUCAACAUCCUCGUUAACAACGCCUCUCGCCAAGUCAUGGUCGAGGACCUCGCUGAUAUCGAUCUCGACGUCGUCGAGGGCACCUUCAAGACCAACAUCAUCCAGAUGAUCGCACUCGCCAAGUUCGCUCUUCCUCACUUGUCAAAGGGUGACAGUAUCAUCAACACCACCUCCGUCACCGCCUACCGCGGUUCCCCAGCCAUGGUCGACUACGCCUCAACCAAGGGCGCAAUCGUCGCAUUCACCCGUUCCCUCGCCAAGCAGCUCGGACCUAAGGGUAUUCGUGUCAACGCUGUUGCGCCUGGGCCUAUUCAUACCCCGUUGCAGCCUGCGUCUAGGCCGAAGGAACAGAUGGAGGAGUUUGGUGGGGGUGAGGGCGCUUUCGGGCGUGCUGGGCAGCCAUCGGAGGUUGCUCCCUCGUAUGUCUUUUUGGCGUCGGCUGAGGCGUCGUUCUAUACUGGACAGGUUCUUCACCCCAAUGGUGGUUUGAAAUUUCCCAUACCUGAAUGA